AACGCAGAACCUGACUGAAGACAAGACCUAAGUCUUCUCUCUCACAGGAUCAGAGGCUGUAGCAAUGGAAGUGGUCUCAACCUCAGUUGGCAAGUUUACGGUUGAUCUUUUCAACAAGCUGAAUGAGACCAACAAGGGAAAAAACAUUUUCUUUUCCCCUUGGAGCAUAUCAGCUGCUCUGGCUCUGACAUACCUGGGUGCAAAAGGGAAUACAGCAACUGAGAUGGCAGAGGUUCUUCAUUUUACUCAACCAGCAGGAGAUGAAGCCUCUUCUUCUGUGGCCAGGCCUUCUCGGGGGAGACCGAAGAGAAGAAAAAUGGAUCCUGAGAACAAGCAAGCUGCAGAUGUCCAUUCUGGCUUCAAAAAGCUCCUGACUGCCAUCAACAAACCCAGAAGCACCUACUCGCUGAGAAGUGCCAACCGCAUUUACAUGGAAAAAAGCUUCCUAUUAUUACCUACAUAUAUACAGCUCAGUAAGAACUACUACAAAGCAGAACCACAGAAGGUUAACUUUAAGACAGCACCAGAACAGUCUGGAAAGGAAAUCAACGCUUGGGUUGAAAAACAAACUGAGGGCAAAAUCAAGAACUUGUUGACUCCACGAGAUGUGUCAAACGCCACCGAGCUGGUCCUGGUAAAUGCAAUUUACUUCAAGGCAGAAUGGGAAGUGAAAUUUCAGGAAGGAGAUACAGAUCUGCAAGCCUUCCGACUGAGCAAGAACAAGACCAAGCCAGUAAAGAUGAUGUACAUGAGAAAUAAAUUUCCAGUUCUCAUCAUGGAAAGAAUGAACUUCAAAAUGAUUGAGUUGCCGUAUGUGAAACAUGAACUCAGCAUGUUCAUCCUCCUUCCUGAUGACAUCAAAGACAACACUACAGGUCUUGAACAGCUGGAAAGAGAACUGACCUAUGAGAAGCUGUCCGAAUGGACUGAUUCCAAGAAGAUGACUGAAACUCUUGUGGAUCUGUACCUACCUAAGUUCAAAAUGGAAGAGAGAUAUGACCUCAGUGAUAAUUUGGUCAGGAUGGGAAUGCCCAGCGCCUUCAGCCGCAAUGCUGAUUUCAGUGGAAUGACUGAGAAGGGUGUUCUGCAGAUCUCCAAAGUUUUUCACAAGUCUUUUGUUGCAGUUGAUGAAAAGGGCACUGAGGCAGCUGCUGCUACUGCUGUCAUUAUAAAGCUAACAAGUGCACCUGUUGGCCAUGUUCUGAAAUUUAAGGUUGAUCACCCUUUCUUCUUCUUCAUCAGACACAACAAAUCCAAGAGCAUCCUCUUUUUUGGUAGAUUCUGCUCUCCCCUAGAAUGAAUUACUACUUGCUCUCAGACAGCAACCAAGGUUCACUGUUCAAUGGAAAAAUGUGAACUGCAGUGCUAAAAUCUCAACCUUAAGCCAUAUAGCCACCUGUACUGAAAAUGUAUGUUCUUUUCCUCGCACCCCAAUCCCCCUCAAAGAAGGCAGCACCCAGAAACCAUCCUGUGCCUUCUACUGCUCCUUUCCUAUUGCUCCUUUCUAUUGUCCUAAUGAGACAGCCCUCCACAGAAAACAGUGUGGAAUUUUGCUCCCUUGUAUCAAACCUGCUCUUCUGGCUUUGUUGUUUGAGAGUAAGGUGGAGUCAUAAAAGUCCUCUGCACCUAGCUAGAUGGCAUCAUCUAGCCUAUGUCAAAUGCUGACUUCAAGGGAAGUGCAGCUCAUUCUCUUGGCUCUCCCAGAGAGAAAAAAAAAUCCCUAAAAAUUAAAAAAAAAAGAACUUGUAGAAAUCUGUUUGACCUCUUUUCCUCACUGAGAAGUGAGGAAUUUGCAUUUCCUUAUGUUAAUUUCCAGUUUAGGACUGUUGGGGAUUAACAAAAUUUAAUACAAAUCCAGAAUAAUCUUAAAAAGCUCCUUACCUUCUCCUGUCUCACCACACGUAUAUAGUCACAUCACACCUCCCUCCUGCUCCUUCAGCUACUUGAAAAAAUUAGGCUUUGAGGAAAAAUUGUCCAGCCCUUAACAUUUAAUUGCUGACUUCUAAUCAUCUUGCAUUUUUUCCUCAUUUUUCUAAACUUUGUAGUUUAAAGUUGCUGAGAGUUCCAACCAUCAAAAAUGCUAAGAAAACUAUGAGCAACAUGCCUUCUUGCUACCUUUUACUGAUAUGUAAUCUAAAUCCUUUAGAAUUUAAAUCUGCUUCCUCUUUUUAAUUUUACUUAAUUAUACCUGUUUCCUGUCUAAUAUCUGCACAGCUUCCUUGCUUCCUGUGUUAUUGACCAACAUUUGUUUUGUACCUUAUGAGUGCAUCUCAGCAUAGCUAUUUGUGGUAUUCACAGAAACACCAGUGAAAUUUUGAUUGAUGCUUUACUUGAUAAUUUUACCAUGACCUGCAUUUA